CCAAAACCUCGCGCUGGCUAAACCCUAGCGUAUCUGUAUCUUUUCUGCAUAAGUCGUCUUCUUCUUCCUCCGUCGUUCCCCCUUCCCGAGUUGAGCUGCGUCGACUCACCAAACUCAGAAAAUGGCGGACACAGUGCAGUACCGCUUGGAGCGCAUGGUCGAGGAGCUCGAUGACCUAGAGCGUCGAGGACUGUUCACCCGCCGGGAGAUAGCGGAGAUUGUCAAGCAGAGACGGAAGUUCGAGUACAGAUUGAAGCGGCCCAGUCCUCUAAAGCAGGACUAUUUGACCUACAUAGAUUACGAGACCCAGCUCGACACGCUUCGCCGCCUUCGCAAGAGAUCCGUGGCCCGGGAUCUCGAUAAGAAGAAGGAUAACAAGAGGACGAAGCUCUCGGUCUCUGACUUCGCCGGAGUGUCGAGGAUUGUCGAGAUUUAUCGGCUCGCCGUGUUGAGAUACAAGGGGGAUGUCGACCUCUGGCUUCGUUAUUUGGAGUUCUGUAGGGAGCGGAGUAAUGGGAGAAUGAAGAAGGUCCUAGCUCAACUAAUUAGGUUUCAUCCAAAGGUUCCAGGAGUUUGGAUUUACGCCGCAGCAUGGGAAUUUGACCAUAAUUUGAAUGUUGCAGCAGCUCGUGCCCUUAUGCAAAGUGGUUUGAGGGUGUGCCCGACUUCAGACGAUCUCUGGGUAGAGUACCUCCGGAUGGAGCUCACAUACCUCAACAAGCUGAAAUCAAGAAAGGUUGCUCUUGGAGAGGGCAGGGGAAGUCUGGUUCGUGAAGAUGGAGAUGCUGGUGAAAAAGAGUGGAGAGAGGAUAACCAAGAUUUAUUCUUGUCACUUCAUGAGGAAAGGAAAAAUGUUGAUGGAUCAAACACUGACAAUGAGGAGUCCGAGGAUAAAGUAGAUAUAUUUAAAGAGCAAGGUCAGAACAUUCUCCAGGCAGUUUAUAGUGGUGCAGUGGAAGCCUUGCCUUCAAGUUUUAGCCUUAGAGAGCGGUUCCUCGAGAUAUUGGAAGCCACAGACUUGGCAUAUUCAGAAGACAUGCGUGAAAGGAUCCUAAGUGAUAUGAAAAGAGACUUUUCAAAGGAUCCCAAAUACUGGGAAUGGCUUGCUAGACUUGAACUGAGACAUUCUCAAAGUAGCCAGGGAAUAAGUGAUGAUCUCAUGCUGGAACAAUUACAGAAGGCAGUGAAGAUCUAUGAAGAGGCUUUAGAAGUUGUGCCUUCUUCUGUUAUGUUUGACCUGUACACAAAAUUUUUGAUGGAUGUUGUCGUCCCCAAAGAUGGAAAUACCCAGUUGUGUGUUUGUACAGAAGAUUGGAUUUCACGUCUUUUAACGGCAUAUGAGAAGGCCGAGCUAGUAGGGUGCAUGUCAGAGGAUCUAGCUUGCAGAUAUGCUUCAUUGUAUUUGCAAUUGGGAAGAUUUGAUGAAGCCCGAAAAUUGGCAAGAGACCUUUGCAGUGGAGAUCUUGCAAAUUCAUCUAAGUUAUGGCUCUUAAGGGCCUCCAUGGAAAUUAGACAUUUCACAAGGGAUGCUCUUUCGCAAAGUAAGGCCAGCUUGGAUUCCAUUUUUGGUUUAAUUAGAGACGCGCUGGCUAAAGUGCCACUAUCAAAGUCGGAGGAACUUUGGCUCAUGGCACUCAAGUUCUUUGCUCUUGAAAGGGAUUACUCUGAUAAGCUGGUUGAGAUGUCUAUUACUGCUGUAGCUAAAAGUGCAGGCAGUGAUUAUAGAUUCUCACUCUCUUCUGCAGUAGUAAACUUUAUCCUUCACAAAGAUGGGCUCCAGGAUGCUAGAAAGAUAUAUGAGAGAUUUCUUGCCCUUCCUCAUCCAGACCUUUCUUUGUACAGAAAGUGCAUUGAAUUGGAACAGAACCUCGCCUCUCUUGGUGACAAGCAAUGCCUUGUAAAUGCUCGGAAGUUGUACGAUUCUGCACUCUCAACUUACGACCAGGACUUGAGUUUGUGGCAAGAUUACUAUUCGAUGGAAAUUAAGAUGGGAACGUCAGAGACUGCAAAUGCUGUACAUUGGCGAGCAAAGAAGACACUGAAAAACAAUGCUGCAGCUUUGAUAGCUUCUCCAGAUGUAUUAUGAUUUCUGCACUUCACACAUCAUGUUCCCUAAAAAUUUUGGCCUCCCAAACAUUUUUGUAUCCUUAGUUGAGCAAUGAAAUUUGAAGGCUCGUAACUUAAGUGAGCAAAGUUAUCUGAACUUGUACCGUUUUCUCUCUAUCCGUGUUUCGAAAACCUGCUAGGGUAAAGGGAAAAAGACAGUUGUUAUACGUUGAUUCUUUGAUGACAUUCUGAUUUGGCGCUUGGCAGCCAUUGUCGAUGGAUGAGUACAGUUACAGAACAGCUAAGUUCACUGAGAGGGGUCAUGUGUUUUUUCAUUGGGAUGCUGAUUUCUUGAAAGAUCAUGUGUUUCUCUAGGUUUUAGAUGAUGGAGAAGCGACUUUAGAUUAUGAAGAUGGAUGUAUAGGCUUACACCUAUAUGUUUCAACUUUCAGGU